UGCGUGUUUUCCUAGCGUCGUGUAUGAGUGAGUGAAUGUGUGUGAAAGCGCACGGGCCGGUGGUUGGGUAGAUAGGGAGUGGAACAGUGUUCAUGCGAAAUUUUUCUUUCGACAGAGCAGGGCCAAAUUCUGACGCGGGAAGGCCGAUUUGGGAAGGAAAGGACGAGUCCAGGAAUAGGUAGCACCCAAUAAGCAACCGCUGUGGUGCUGUGGGUGAAGAAUUUGGCCCUGCCGUCUCUGCAUGAACAAACCACAUCACCCAAGAACCGGAAGUGACGUCUCGCUAAUUCUUCACAAGAAGAAGAAGAAGACAGCUUUUUUCGACGUCAUCGGUUCUUUUUUAUGUUGUAUUAUAUCAUAUUUGUUUGAGUCUGCAUAAUCACCAAGCCUUCAAUUGUUUUUUGUUAAGGAUCAUUCGUUUUUUGAAGAAGAAACUAGCAGCACUUCAAGCACUUUGUACAGACCAUUGUAUCAUCAUCAUUAUCACCAUAACGUUGUCUUAAAUGCGCACUGUGUGAGUUUUUGAGGUUUGUAGGUUUUCAAAAAUAUAAUAUUAUUACGUCAUCAAUAUCUGCUACUGGCGCUCAUAUGACUUUAUGCAGUUGCGAGCGCCGUAGAACAUCUACCAAAACAACAACAUCUGCUACAUAUAUGUAAUCUUACUGGGGCUGACGUCAAGGUCACAGUUUGCCAAAAAUUGGAACAAGACUCAUUGAAACUGCUGAAGGAAGAAAAUUCUACUGAGAUCCAGCUUUUCCCAGCUAGUCAAAGUCGGAGAAAAUCAACUCGAUCGAAAUAUUCUCUCAGAAAGGAAAGAAAACAAGAUAUAAAUCUCAUCAAAUUUCUCUACGGAUUUUCUAGUUCAACACCGGAUUCAUCUCUGAUCACAGGCGCAAGAACACAUCCGAUUUUUCUCUCCUUUCUGAGCAAAAUGCCAAGUUGAAAAGCCAGAUUUUCCUCAUUUACCUUCACGUGUCGGCGAGGGAAGUGUACAAAAUUAACCAGCAGUGAAAAAAAUUCCACAACUUGACGAGAGAAAAUAUAACAGGGAACAGCGUUGCUAUUAGCAACCGUUAAACUGAAUUCCUCUUCGGAAAGCACUGAUAACCAAGCUAAAGCAAGUGAGAUUACAUAUAUUUGAAAGUUUGAGCUUGCAUUUUUCUAACAGCAAGCCACAGAUAAGCUGGACAAAAUUGUUUUGUAUUUCCUCACAAUAUUUAUAAUGUAUUCAACUCAUAAUAUUUAUUAAACUGUUUGUGGAGAGAGACUGGAAAUAAGUGUUGCACAUAUUAUUUUCGAAGUAAUAGGAUCAGAGCUCCUCCUAUUGGGAUUCAUAUACUUAUCCUUUCCCUGUUGUUAAGUUAACAACAGGUGUUGCGAGAGGCACCAAGGAGCAUAAACCAAAACACUACAAGGUCUGCACCCAGAAAGACCUCCGUUCGUCUUUGUUGGGUUUUUUUUUCUUUUUGUGGAAGGCAGACCCGAUGAAUAAGCGAACCUUUCGACUGAGAAAACGUUAAUCAAGAAAAAGCGGACUGCAUUGAGACGAAACGUUUAGUGUUGAGAUUUUCAAGACUGAACCUUCGACAAUAAACUGAAACAGCAAUUCAGCUUUAUUCUCGAUAAGUAAGGAAAUCUUUGAAGAAACCCUUACAGAAGAGAAACCCUUGAAAUUCCGCACAGCUGUGCCUCUCUAUCUCUGGCUAGCAGCACCGAGGGUCGCUUUCAGCCCUCGCCACAAGACGCCUCGGUUGUUGUCUUUGGUAGACAUGCGAGGUCAGAAAGUCUCUGGGCAAGCGCCGAGUAUCGCGGAAAGUCUGAUACUAAGCGUUUCCAGCAGAGUUAUCUACCCACGCGCAUGGCAGAUACUACAGCCAAGAGAUAUAUCGAGUAUUCAGUUACACCAAGACAUAAGGUGUAACUAGAUCUUUUAAAGUUUAGAAAAUACAAUUUUUGCUUAGCGGUUCUGAGCCCUCUCAUUACUGCACCAUGGGGAACCGACAGGGAUCUCAAAAGCAAAAGGAAGCAAAAUCCAAGGAGGAGAAGAAGCGAGAGAAAGAAACGAAGAAGGAUCAGGAGAAGCAGAGGAAGAAAAAGGAAAAACUGAGGAAAAAGAAGUCCGGUGGAGGUCACCACGGUUCGGGAUUGGACACGGACUUGGAAGACUCGAGUCACGUGACCGGAGGGGAUUCCGAAUCAAGCGUGUUCCAUUCGGCAGAAAACGUGUCCGCCAGCCCGUAUUUGGACUCGUGCACCCGCUCUGAGCUGGAGCAAGUCCCUAUGGACGGGUCAGCGGCGAGUUUUACCACUCGCUGGGGCGGCCCGGCUUCCUCAGCCUCUGCAUAUCAACUCCACAACCAACAGUACCAACAACGCCACCAAGACUCACACCACUUUCAUCAUCAUCAUCAUCAUCAUCAGCAACAUCAUCACCAUCAACGAGAUCGUGAAUUUUUAUAUCUGGAACAGCAGCACCCUAUGGUGCUCUCCUCAAAAGACUUCAGAGACGGGUUUUCUCUCGAGGCUUUCAUCCCGCCCGAGAUCGCCCGGCGAGAAACCUCGUCCUCCUACCUCGACGACUCCCCAAUGACCUCCAUCUCCCGGGCGGACGGGCGAGGGCGGAGCGGCAGCAGCGUCAAGUCCAAACGCAGCACCACGAGCGACAGCGUCAAGAGCAGAUCCUCCAAAUCCUCACACGUAGCCCCGACGUUUUCCUCUCACCACGCCACGCCCACCUCUCUGAGAUCGCACACAGGCGAAGACUCCGCUUCGAUGACGUCAUCUCAGACCAGUGCGGGGGGUGGGGCGGGAGGGUAUAGCACACCGUUAUUGUCCACCCCAGUUUUUGGUCGGGUGGAGAGGUCACACUCGCCGCUGUCGGCAACCGCGUCCACGUCCUUACCUAGAGUGCGGGAGGUGGAGAGAGGGGAUAAUGAAGAGUGUUCACCCUUACUUGAUCACACAUCAGGUAGCAGGGAACCAUCAUCCCCGCUAUCACAAAACACUUCUCUACACCAUCAUCCGCAUUUUUUUAAUCAUCAACGAAACCAGAAACAACAACAACAACAAGAGUUAAAACCAACGCAAAAACAAUUACAACAGCUUCAACAACUCAGCAACGAACAUUAUCUCAUUGAACAGCAACAACUCCGAAACCAGCAUCAACAAAAUCUGAGUCAUCCUUUCCCUGGCUGCCCCCCUGAUUACCGAAAUCUCCCCAAACCCUUAUCUCCCCACCCGCAGAGGAGAGCUCUUUCUCCGAAAAUGACGUCAGCGCCUUUUAAGCUCAUCUCGUCCGAUGACUCAUCCUCAAGCCCUACCACUCCCGUACCACAACGCCGUGCAGCAAACUUUCUAGAUCUCUUGAGACCUGGAAGUAAAAACGACAAAAACAACAGUAAGAAAAACAAGAGAGGCGGCGAAAAGGGAGGCCGGAGUGGAGGAGGAGGAAAAGGAGGAGGAGGAGAAGGGGGUGAAGAGGAUGAAAUGUCGACUCCGCGAGGUGGGAAGGGGGGCAAAAGUGACUCGAGUACCAACACGAACGAGAGCGACGGGGGGAAGGUGAAAACGAAACCCAAGUGGAAAACUUGGGAGAGGAGUUCUAAAAAAUCGGGAGAGAGGCAGAGCAAAGUGUCCAUGAUAUUUGGCACGGUGAGGAAAAGUGAUAAGAAAAAGAAAAACGUUCAGGAUAGCGGCAUUGGUGGAGACGGAAAAACGGAAGUUCAGAACGAAGAAAAGCAAAAGAAAAGUAAAUACAGUGUAGCAAAGAGCCAAAUGCCUCUUGUUGGGUGCUCCAAUAAUGCACAAAUGGUCAACGACACUGAACCCGGGGCCUCAAAUAAAAUACAGACGUCCAGGAAAGGUCACCAGGAAAGGGGAGAUAACUCAGACGUACUAAACAGGAAUAACCGAAACAGUAGUCCCCCCAUGGUCAAGUCUGCCGCGUUUUGUAUUAUGAGAUUGGAAGAAUUAGAACGAAACAUUGAAAAUACAAUACGGGAAAAAUUCCCGGACGCAGAACCCUUUUUAUUAAAGAAAAGAUCCAAAGACGAGGAGUUGAAAGGAUCAAGGUCUUUACCGACUACCCCGUCCUUGAAGAAAAAGUUGUUCAUAGCUCGAGAUGUGGACGGUAGCAAACGUCACAGCGGAAACAACGAGGACGUAACCCGUAACCUAAGCGCCGUCAGUUCCAAACUGUCCGACGCCGGUGCUAGAGGAAGUGACGCAACCUACGAGUCACUUCCGAGUCCUGCCAUGUCGCCUGUCGUGUUGCGUCGUUUUGGCGCCCGCACGCGCCACGCUAGCAUCUCGCCCAAAAUCCAGAGAGCCAAAACAGCGGCGUUGUACAAUUCUCCGCGCGAGAUGUCGAGGGUGGAAGAAAGUCAAGCGUCAGCGACGAAAACGGUGACCAAAGUGCCGGUGUAUCGGGCCGUCAGCCGUGAACAGCCCAUAAGUUCGAUGAUGUCGUCACAGUUUGUGUCGUCACUCGCACACUCUCAAAAGUCGCAGUCGAAAUACGAUAACGUCAAUGACGAAAGUGAUGAAGAAGCGAAAGGGAUGCAGCAGCUGAAAAGCCACUCGGGUGCUUCUAAUCAACUCGUGAGGCAAGGACACGUCGAGGAAUACGACAGCGAUGAAGUUUACGAGUCUCCAACGACCUACGAUGUGGGGAACAGUACUGAGAACAAAAAACCAGUCAUCGUCCCAACAUUUUCUGCUGUAUUUGGCUCGGUUUCGCCUAAACUGAAACGACAUUUAGGAGGAAAAAUCAACGAAGCCAGCACAAAUAGGGAGCAAUCAGGGGUGAAUAAAGAGGUGAAGGGGGCUGGGAACUCCAGCCAACAAAUUUCUGGGAUAACGAGUAAGAAUGAGGAAAUGUUGACCAGAGCCACCAUUGAUUCACAGAGCGGCACCAAGCAUGAGCUUAUUGCUUCUGACGUUCGUUCUUUCUCCCUGGACACCGCUUGUGAUAUCCGGGGUCAGAAGGUUAAGGAUCAAAGGUCGCCCUUAGAUGGCCGCGAGGUGUUAGAUAAACAAGGAAUUUAUGAAUCCGCUGACAUGAGAGGUGCCAGGGUUUCGGUAAAGAAAGACAGUAGCCCGAAAGUGUCGGUGAGAGAACGAAUCAAGACGAUCAACAAAUCUUUGUCAGAAGGCUCAGGGCCGCCAGGUACGUCAGCUGGGGCUGUUUCUAUUAAUAGCACUACCAAUAAAAUGGGGUCGGUCGACUCCAGCGAUUCCAGUGAGAGACUUUCGUCAUCACCGUAUCACCGUGUUGGGGGAGAGGGGGCGAUUCACGGCAGGCCCGUAAUCCCCCCUUUUCCUGUGGGUGCCAUUUUAUCACCAACAGAAAGCACCGCUUCUCCAUCUCUCUCUUCUACUGCUAGCGUUAAAACUGGAGCCAAGUCACCGUCUAUUUCUGGCAGCAGCACUGCAGCACUCAGAAGUCCCCCGGCACCCCCUACGUCCUGCAGUAAAAAACCCACAUCGCCGACCCUCGGCAACGACUAUAACCCCUCGCACUCGCCUCGGCAGCAGCAGAUUAUGAAGAACAGCGACGCGUCCGCCGCGAGGCAGCACGAACAUCCGCAAACGCGCUCGGGCGUCGUGUACUCACCUGGUGGCACGCGAAAACAUUCCAUAGAGCACGUGGUCUUUGGCUCUGCCGUUGCCCUCCCCUGCCGCCUGUACGCCCAACCUAUGUCCUCCUCCAGCCUGGAAGAAAAUAACGAGCAUAAAACCGCCAUCGCGCAUGCUCACGACCCACUUUCUUCAUCCCCCGCCUCUUCCCCUCCCCAGAACCAAAACCAAAAGAAUAGGAAUGUGGCGAAAAACCAAACACGAACGGGUGAAGGAGAUAAGAAGGAAAUAACUUCCCCACACAACUCUGCUAGCUUAUCGGAAACCGCGACCGGUUCUACUAUCAGUGAUAGGUGUAGUGGUGUAAGUGAAACUUUAAGAACAAUACUGGGGCGGGUUCCCUCUGAGCGGAGCCAGGAUACGGUAAAUAAUAACAACAGUAAUAAUAGUAUCAAUGAUAAUAGCCAGUUAGAAGCUUCGGUUGAGAAUUCAGGACUGAUUGAUUGCAGUGAUGGUGUUAAGGCCACGAGUGAUGCCAAGCCGUUCAUCAACAAUGAGGCGUCGGCGAGGAUAAUAAAAGUGAGUGUUCAGUCUCAACAGGCGGCGGUUAGUGAAACUCGUUCGUUCAAGGAAACUCAUUUUCCCGAAACCGGUGAUGUUUUCAAUGAUGGUGAGGAUUAUGUGGACAGCAACCACAACCACAACCACCACCAACACCACAACGUAGGAGGUUUUCAGCGCCAGAAACAGUACCAACAGCUGCAGCAGCAACAGCAACAACAUGAAUACAAACCGCAGUACAGAGAAGACGACGAGCAGAAGUAUGUGGUCCUACGACAGCCCGUGUCAAAGGUCAUCUGUGAUAUGAUCAGCACCAGCAAGCAGGGUCACAGGAGCAGUCCACAACAGCCGCUUCUACGUCAGUCGAGUCCCACGUCACCGGAACAGGAAAGACACGCACCGCAAGCGGUUGCCAUGGUUACCUCGCCAGCUCACCAGCAGCCGUGUUUGACCCUCGAAGAGAAAACCGUCCGAAGUGAUAGUUCUGUGUCGCUGCCCUCCUCCCCGAUUUGUAACUUGAAGAGAAUAGAGAGAGAUUUUGGUGGUGAAAGUGCGGAGAGAGUGACGAAAACCUUGAACUUUGAGUCUCGAAGCGCUGGUUCGCAGACAGACUCGUACUCAACUGCCGACAAAGGGGUUGAAAGUGCUGACUUUGAAAUGUACGCCCAAAACCUUAGCGCCGCGGAAGGGCCCUCUAAAUCGCCUGACAAUAUUAUUAAGUCUGCCAGUAAUGCCACGAGCAGCUCUGAAGUCGUCAGACCAAAAUUUAUUAAAGUUCCGGAGGAUUCUGAUGAAGAAACAAAGUUCUUGAAAAACGUGUUGGCUUUUAAGAGAACGGAUGUGCCACCGAAGAAAGAAUGUGUCGCUAAAGUGACAGAUGGAGAUCCUGUUGAAUUCAUGCCUCCACCUCCUAGUCCUUCUGCUAUGGACCAACUGAUAGAAGAGUUUGAGGAGGAAGAUGAAGACGAUGACGUUCAGGAAAGGAAAGAAAUUGAGAUCGCCAUGCAAAAGGAAUCGGAGAUACGAGAAUUCACGGAUAAAAUUUAUAAAAGGCUCUCCGAUUUAUUGGGGAGUCAUUCAGGAGGAGAGGAUAUUGACGACGAUGUAUUCGAAGAUGACCCUGGGGGUAGAGAAAAAGUAGUGCGGAAGAAAAGACACGUGGACGAGUUACUGUCCAGGUUGGAAGGUAAAAGUGAGGAGGAGUGCGAGGAGGAGGGAGAAGAGGAGGAGGAGAGUGGGGAGUCUUUUGAAGACGAAGAAGAUGAACAAGAUGCACAGAUAGCUUCUGAGCGUAUUGCCGCGAAAGCGGUAGUGACGUCGACAAAAAGCCCGAGCACGAACCGAACAAAGAAAGUGAUGACAAUUAAAUCGUCUUCGUCUUCAAUCACGACGACAACGUCAUCAUCAGAAGACGAAGAAGUAGCGGAAAAAUUGGCGCUGACCAACUUGAUGCUACAGCAACAACAACAGCGAGAGGAGGAUAGGGAGGGGAGAGUGGAGGAGGAGGAGGAGGAGGAGGAGGAGGAGGAAGGGGAAGAGGAUGAAGAACAGGACGAGACUCUACACAGUUCGGACACACUAGGGUUUGAAGAGAUAGAAGGCGCUCCCAAACUAAAGACAACUCCUAACUAUUUCGUUUUCCCAGAGUUCGACGGAGAGGGCAGCGAUGGAGGAAUGGAUGACAAGAGGCGCUACAGCAGUUCCAGGGACUACCACAGCGACGAUGACGUGGCCCGAGGGCAGGGAAUUCCCGAUUAUUACGACGACCGUCCACUCUGGCGACGGAAAGAGAAGCCGCCUGGUCAGCUGUCUCUCGAUAUGGUUGCUAUGCGACGUCGUGAGCGACGGGAGCGCUGGUUGAAGAAGCGUCGGCGUAACAAAACUGACCUUUUGAGUGCGGCCAGUAGUGACACUGGGUCUGAGACGUCGCUGGUCAAAGUCCACCCUCGUUUGCGAAACCAGCAGUCGUCACUCGAUUCUGUCGAAGCCGAACGUAUGUUGCUGGUGGACACAGCGGCUGAGCCUCGAAAUGAUAUGGGUUCGGGAAUUCUGUCUUCCCCGAAGUACGCCAAGCCUAUCCUUCCUUUCUUCAACAAGGACAAGGUGGCUGAGCGAGGAACGCGAGGGGCGGAAGAAGUGAGGGAGGAAAGAAUCGAAGCAAGCAUUAUCUCUGAACGUCUUCAGGCGACGGCUGAAUACUCUCAUCUUCUCCGUGACAGCUAUGGUGACGAUGGUCACAACGAUGACAGUUACUCUCGUGACCGAGGUCGUCGACCACGUGAUUCAUUUGAGAAAGACAAUAGCAGCGACGGUGACGAUGGUUUUGAAGGAGGCAGGGCCACUGAGAGUGGACGCGCGCUGGAUUCUGGGAAGGACCCGCGCGCCUUCAUGUCAGAUCCUGACUUGGCGAUUCCAGGAAUCGAGGAGACUUUCAACGAGCUUAUGUCGGUGAAGCAUAUCUUAGAGGGAAUGAGUGACCGAGCUCCAUCCGCUCCUACUGGCGAGGCUUCAGAGAGGGAGACGAAAUUUAUGCCCUUGACCAAAGAAAAUGUGCGGUCAGUAAGGGAAUAUUAUAAGGACACGUAUUCUUUUAAUAACGGCGGUAGGCGGUCCAGAAUGUCCAACACGGACAGGACGGAAUCGGAUCUCGAUAUUUACUCGGAAACACACGACGAUGCUAGUUCUGAUAGCAACAUGUACGCGGAUGAUGAAGAGGACGAUGAUGGUAUCGAUCCUUACACCACGGCAGACGACGAGCUAGGCGCGACAGGCGGAAGUGAGAGCGACAUCAUGCUUACCGGAAAUCGACGUCGUCGCCGAGACAACCACGCCCUCCAUACGAACGAAGAUGACGAGGACGACGAUGAAAACGCCAAUUUUGUCAUCGGAUGUACGUUUUACAACUCCAACACGUUUUCUCCAUCCACCCCCGCCGUCGGUUCUAAUGGGAAUGGUGCCAACCAAGUAUCACCCUCUGUAAUGUCGUCGAACGCUGUGAUUGGCUCGUCCGGAAAAGUCACUCCCUCCACACUGACUGGCACCUCCCCUUCCACCCCAGCGACACUCGUGGCGUCUGUGCUGAACAGCGACGAAGAGUUCUGGGCGGGGAGUUCUGCCAUCGAGGCCAGCUACCAACAGCUCGAGACCGCGGCUGACGCAGUCAGUUCAACAUUCCAGAACGCCAGAGAACAAAUGAUUGACAUUCAGCAACACCUACAGGCGCUGAGGAGACAGAUGGAAGGUUUACAGGAUGACCUGACCAGCACUUCCGUCACACUCACUCCGGACAACCUGUCGUAGACGUCGUGCUUACUUCCCUGAUGACACGAUAGACAGUAUCCAUAACCUGAGUGUGCAUACGAUAUGACUCUGUCCAUGUUAAAAUGAUAGAGUUGUGGAUUGUGACGUCAUUCGGCAUUAAAACGUCUCUGAGAACGUACUAUGCAUGACGUCACACUGUAACUUUUGUCUUCGACGAUUCGUGUCGUAUGCUCACGCGCUAGCCCUCCUACUGUAGUAUAUUUGUGACGUAGCACAGAUAUUGUGUAACAAUGAUGUUCUGUUUCUCUCCCUUUGAACUGCAGAAGAAAAAACACUUGGCCAUAUUGUGUCGAACCGUUUUGAUUCCUAAUAUAUUCACACCUAUUGCAGGACGUGAAGAACACCAACACUAAACAUAGAUACUCAUAUUUGUAAACCUGUUACGCCCCCAUCAACACCAUUUAGAUCAUAAUUUAGGACGCGGGUUACAUCGUAUUUUCUUGUCAGCGCCAACACGGGCUACGAGGGAUACAACAUCCCAACAGACCCACGAACAUGGUCAAUAAAAUUACUUCUAUUUGAUAGAGAAACAGUCUGCCUCGUUACAAGCGCUUUAUCCAGUAAAGGGGAUUAGGUUAUGAAUAAGAUCCUUGUCUGUACUGUACACAUGUGUGUCAAUUUGAAAUUCGUGUCGUGACCUCAUUCAGUGUCGAAGGUCAAGGAAAACCCAUGUUGUUUCCUUUGUAACUUUGAUAGGAGCAAAUGUCACGAUACAGAGCUCAAAACUUCACGACAAUGACAAUUCCCAUUGCAUGUAGUCCUCCGUACUACCUACUUCGACAAAGGCCUUUUUGGUGUAUGCUGUGAGGUAUCCAUAUUAAGGAAGUUUCCAGAAGACUAUCACUUUUGGAAUAAAUUAUAUUAAUUAUCUGGACACCCCACAAAAUGUACACUGAAAAGGAUCUAGAUGAUCCUGAACAGCCAUUCCAUAGGUUUACAAAAUAUUACUUGCUUAAAAACAUCCGAUUCCAAA